UUGAUGGAAAACUACACCUACAACAGCUACACACUCCAGCUGGAGGGGUUAAUUGUUUCAAAAGAGUCUACGUACCCUGUCUUUUUCUUGUUCUUUUUCUCCUACCUGUUCAUAAUGAUAGCAAAUGUUGGCAUUGCUGUUCUGGUUUUCAUUGACAAAAAUCUUCACCAGCCCAUGUAUCUGCUUUUUUGUAACCUGCCCUUAAAUGAUGUAUUUGGAAAUUCUAUCAUGGUGCCUCGUUUGCUUUUAGACAUGUUGCAUCCUCCCUCUGAGCGCAUCAUCAGUUAUUAUGAAUGUGUGGUCCAAGCUUUUGCCUCAAACAUGUUUGGCACCACUUCCCACACAGUGCUCAUGAUUAUGGCCUUUGACAGAUAUGUGGCCAUCUGCAAUCCCCUGCGCUAUGCUGCCAUAAUGACCAACAAAAUGGUGAUCAAGCUGACAGUUUCUGCCUGGGGAGUGGCCUUUGUGAUGAUCGGGAUUCUGCUCGGUCUGACCAUACGGCUGAACCGAUGCAGGACUCUGAUUACAAAUCCUUUCUGUGACAAUGCCUCAUUGUUUAAACUCUCCUGUGAGAAUGUGUCUAUUAAUAAUGUCUAUGGCCUUGCUUACACUGUAGUUCUGUUGACAAGUUCUAUAGGCAGCAUUGUUCUCACCUAUACUAAGAUUGCAGUAGUGUGUCUCACCAGUAAUAACAAGUCUCUGAACAGUAAAGCCUUGAAGACCUGCAGCACUCAUCUCUUUGCAUAUAUAAUUAUGUUGUUGAGUGGAAUGCUGAUCGUCCUCCUGCAUCGCUUCCCUCAGUAUUCAGACUACAGAAAACUGUCCGCUAUUUUGUUUCAUAUCGUCCCUGGAAGCCUCAACCCCAUUAUUUAUGGUUUGCAGACAAAAGAAAUACAGAAAUUCUUGUUCAAGUUCAGGUGCAACAAAGCUUUUCCAUCAUCGUAAAGAGAAUUUUCAAUGUUUAUUUGUGAAUGUAUCAACACAAAUAAUAUAAC